ACUGCGUUAGCGACCACGUGCUAGUCUUGUUGUGACUGUCGCUGUGUUGAGGUUUGAUGAUCAGGAAGCUCGUUGAGAAGAAAGAUGAAUUCUGCUAGCAAGGUUGGAGAGAUAUUCAUUGCUGCUGGGGAGGCGUUUAAGAAGUUGGCUGAUUUAACAAUGCAGCUUCAUCCAGCUGCAGGCCCGUCAGAUGGAAAAGGGGCGGAUGAAGCAAAAGAAAUGUUCCAACAGGCGGUUUCUCAAUAUAAAGACGAUCUUGCCAACAUGACGGACGACAUCCACGGCAUUACACCCCGUGAGUUGGUGGUGGCGGCGGUGGCGGUGACGCCGGAGGAGAUGGCGGCGGCGGCGCCGGACCAGGAUGCAGAGCAAGCCGAGCCGGCCAGUGCGCCCAAGGACGGCGCCCUGGCCCUGGGGCAGUUGGCGGACAUCACGCUGGCGCGCCUCAACUCCUUCCGCUUCGACUCCACCGGCGCCGCCGCCGCCGUCGCCGACCCUCGCGAGGCCGAGGACGCGCCCGACUUCUACGAUGUCUUUGACGACGACGACGCCGUCGUCUGA